AUGGUCUAUGCUGUUAGUUAUUGUCCUCUUUCUAAGCAUCAAGAAUUUAAGAAACUUGGAUUUGAUGAUUCUAAAAAAUUGACCGAGGAAAAACGUAUACAAUUAGCUAAAAUCAUAGAAGCAAACAAGGAUUGGAUUGGAUGGGCAGUUUAUGUGAUUUCACCAAAAGAUAUAUCUACAAACAUGUUCAAAAGACCUGUAUAUAAUUUAAAUGAAAUGGCACAUGACGCAACUAUCGAAUUAAUAAAGCAGGUUGUUGCGAAUAAAAUCAACUUAAAAGAGAUCUAUGUUGAUCCAGUUGGUCCUUCAAUACCCUAUAAGCGUAAACUUCAAAGUCAUUUCCCAGGUGUAGCCAUUACAGUUGAACCUAAAGCAGAUGCGCUUUAUCCGAUUGUAAGCGCAGCCAGUAUCUGCGCCAAAGUUACUCGAGAUCAAUUUAUUCAGAAUUGGGAAUGGACAGAAACAGGACUUCAAUUAUCCAAAAAAUUUGGAUCAGGUUAUCCUUCAGAUCCAAAUACAGUAAGAUGGAUGGAUGAGAAUGAAGAUCCCUUUUUUGGAUUUCCAAGCAUCAUGAGGUUUAGUUGGAAAACCAUUACUCAAAGAAUGAUACAAAAAAGAAAUAUUGAAUGGUCAGAAGAUGAAGAUGAUGAAUUUGAACAUCAACAGGCAAUAACGAAAAGAGUAAAGAAGAUAUUAGAAGAAAAAAUGGCAAUUAAAGAGAAAUUAAGGAAAAAAGCGUCAAAAUAUAAUCAUCACCAAAAAGGAAAAAUCAAUAGUCAAUUUAGCUUAGAUACAACACAAGAAUUAUAA